ACACACACGGACACGGACACACACACACCCAACCCCCCUGUGAUGCCAACCUCUCCAUGGCUGGACUGGGACGGCAUGUCUGUCGAGGAGGCGGUUUAAUCUGAAACUAAACCGGGAUAUAAUGGACGAAUCGAUGUGUUGACGGAGAUGCAUGAGAAAGGUGAUUAAAUCUUCAAUUUUACACAUUAAUAUCCAAACUAGAAACCUCUGAAUUAUCAGUGAUCGCAUAUAUCACCAACUCGGCUCUGUGCGUAAUAUCUGUGUUGCCAAAUUUCUGCACAUCAUUUCUUUCCCCCUCUCUUUAAAAACGAUCGUGUCUGCGGUUUUUGGUUCUGCAGACAGUCGGUCUCCGCGGCGGGAUGUUUGGCGAUGAACGAGCAGAGAAACACGGAGAGAGAAAUCUGAGUCACCAUAAUCCAUCUGGACGCUGGGGGGGAAGAUGAGGACCAUGAUGGCUUCGAUGAAAACAGCAUUAUUCCUAUUUGUACACGGGGGUGAGUGCUGCCGCAUUGUACCUGCUUGUUUUCUCUGCGCACAGCCACUAAAACCGAGCUCUGCCAUCUGUCACAAAGACGCAUUUGCAUGAUUGUUUCUCGAAGCCGCCCAAUCAGACUAUUAAUUUAUACACUAAAGGCAGCUUACAUUUGUUGUUAUCACUGGGCUGCCAUGUUUUCAGCUUGUGAGCGCUUUAUUUCUUGACUGUGGUUUAUAUGCCUGUGGCCUGCAGGUCUGUAUCCACCUAUGAUUACACAGCAAACAGUCCCAUAUCAGAAUACAUCACACAUGAUAUGUGAGAGGGAUGUUGUACUUGGUGACUUGGAGAAGCAGGUGUUUAAGCAAUAAAACAAGCUCACGGUGACACCAAGGAAGUCCCAAGCAGAAGUAUACAGUAAAAUGAUCAUUUUUGGUGUGGUAUUAUAUAUGGUAUAUUAGUGUCUGUUGUAUGAGGAGGGGAAAUAGGAAAGUUGAAGAGGAAACACCUUUUUUCCACUUUUGAUGCCCCUUGUGGACAAAGCACCUCUUAUAUAUUUCUAGAUUACUUCCUUUACAUAGGGGAGAGUGGGGUAAGAUGAGCCAUUUCUCAUAUUUCGGAUCACUACAUCAAGGUAAUCAUAGUUUUGUCUGUAACUAGUGUAUCUGCAUAUAUUUCAAGAGGUUGUGCAUCCCUGCAAACCAACAGAAUGAGUGUAAACAUAACUGUCUUGAUGAUGUAGCAAGUAAAACAUUUCAACAAUCUGAACUGAAACUCUGAUCCUCAGACUCCUUUACUUUCUCAGUUACCCCAGAACUACCAUGAUGACUUUAUUAGUCCUCUAAACUAAAAUGGUGGACUUUUAUGUUAGGUUUUUGACCUCAUGUUGUAGCUCAUAGAUACCACUAUUGAUGGAUAAAACUAAUUUAAAAUGAUCUUUUUUGGUCUGAACAAUAUUUUAAUCAAACUCAUGACAGACUAAAUUCACUUUCAGGAGUAAAUAAUGUUUUUUUUUGUAGAUAAUGUCAAACCCCGUCACCCAUGUGCUUCUAACCAUCACAGACUCCAUGAAUUGAUGCCCAUCUCCUAAUUAUUUGGUCACAUGAUCAAUUUAUUUUACCAUUUCCUAGCAACAGGGGGUGGCUCAACUUACCCCACCCUCCCCUAAACAUUUAUAUUCUUUGUCUUUAGGAGGUUGUUUAAUGUUAUCACAGCUUGUUUUCUCCUCUAUCAUAAGUCCAACAGGCUUCUUUUUGUUUCUAUCUUAUAUGUCAGAGCAACAUAGACACUAUAAAGAGGCUUUUCUCCAGGAGAUAGCUCCGCCUUGAUAACAUAAAAAAAGUGGUAUCAUUUUGUUUUAUAUUUAGAUGUUAGGACUAUACAUGAGCAAAGUUUCAGAUUGCAAGGUGCAAGGGCGUUGAAGUAACCCCCAGAUUGGACUACAAGGUGCUCUGGAGGGGUCGUUCAAAAACUCACGAGAUAGAGAUGUGAUUUGCUUAAAAUCGUACAUCCCCAGACAGUGAUUCGCUCUAAAAGGGCGAAUUUGUCAUUUUGUCAGAAAGACAACUUUAUUCCAUGGCAACAGUGGAGGAGGCUUCAGAAAACCUAUCAGAGGAACAAUUAUAGCCCAAAAGAUAAACAUAAUGACCCUCUUUACGAAAAGGAAGCUUCAACAUGUCUGCCGAGCACAACUUCACUUUAAUUUAAUGUCUCAUUAAAGACACUUCCUGUCCACUGAAUAAGUAAUCAUAUAAACCAUCUCUAUUAACCACACAGUCGUGGUUUCUGAGCACAAGGGUAAUCAGCCCGUCUCCACAUGCAUGCAAACAGGAGCCUCCACCCUCCUCCUCCCUGUCGCCCGGUAAUCCACAGGGUAUCGAGCAUUGUUACAAGCCGUUGUGUCCCCCAGACCUAUCAGUCCCAGUCCAAUGUUAAUUAGGACUUGAUCCGCUUAAGCCUCCCACUAGACUCCCAUGUCAUUAUCUAUGGGCGUGUUGUUAUCAGGCCGCGCCUAGACUUGUGAGAAAGCUGCUGUGGAUUUUAAGGUCUGACGCACACACAUGCACACGCAUACACAGGUGGGGAGUGCCAAAAGGUACCUGUCUCGUCUUUCUAGUUGAUCAGGUAACUAUCAGUUUAAGGUGAAGGUAAAGGGCGUGUCGGUCGAUCUUUUGUUCACAGUCCGUUAGCGAGCGAGUGAGUAAGUGGGUGUAUGUUUGCAGACUCUUUUUAUCUUGGGGUAAUCUCAUUUGUAAACGAGAUGAUGGUUCAGUCCUUCACUUUUCGCAGCACACUUAGAUUCAAAUCCAAACGCAACCCGCUCUAAAUAAGUAAAUCCUACAAUGAAAAAACACAUUUUUGCGCCUACAAGCUCUUAAAAAACAACUGUUCAUUUUCACUAAGUAUCAACCAUCCUUCACCGUGUAAACUCUUUAUGUUUUUUCAGCUUCAAAAUGUUUGACCUAACUCAAAUUCCUCUGUGUGACAUACUGAAACUGGCCUAACUAGCCUCAUAAUGGCCAGUGUGAAACCACAGUUUCAUCGUUUUAUGAAGCAAACAGAUUUUCUACUUUCUAACUUUAUUCUUUUUUAAGUUGAAAUGCUUCUUGUUGAAUUUAUAUGUGUCAUUAGUAAAAGAAAAAAACAGCAGUGGUCUAGUUUUCUGAAGCUUUUACAGUUUGACACACGGCUUUUGUUAAGUUUCCUCUUUUUUUUCUUUUGUCAUCUCAGUCUGUCUGAGCUACAUGUUGCCAAUUUUCUUUCCAGUUGGUGGGAAUGACUGGAAAAAUGGGCCUGCCAAAAAAAAAAAUUAAAUAAAUAAAAUAAUUGUGUAAUUUUCCCAUAAAGAAAAACUAAUUCCAAACAAAUCAGCUUUUAAAAAGAAUAUUUUUUUCAAAGAUAGAACUCAGUGUUGGUAAGAAAAUGUUAAAAAUACCUGCAGUGUUACUUUUUAAAGUGUGGCCCAUUACCUUUGACUGCCUCUUUAUCAGCGUGUGAAUAUUUCAGGCAGGUACCGUUAUCAUGAGACAAAAGCAAAGGCGUGAGAGGUUUCGGUGUGUGAGCCUGUGUGGAGGUUUCAGUUUAUGGAAAGUCCAGCGUUGAUCGAGCCCAUAGCUAUUUCUGAGAUGUUUCAGGGGAAGAAGGGUAUGCAGCCAAACAAUGAGACUCAGUGAAAUACAAUGAAGUCUGAACCUACAAGCUGGCUGCUGUCAGCCUGAGGCGAUCACUCUGAAUAUUUUUACACACAGCUCUGAAAAUCUGCAUGGUAGGCAGACUGCUGUUUAUCAGUCAGAGGAAGUGGACGAGAAUAUAGUUCCACUUUUGUCUUGAGUGACGUCUUCUCACUCAGGGGAUAUCAGAUUUAACACUGACCUUUAGUUGUUUUUUGUUUUGUUUUAGAUACUAGAACAUUACAAUCAUAAAACUAGAGAGCAAAAUCUUUGUCUAAACUUGAUAGCAGCUGCUCAUAGUGACCCGCAGACCUCACUGUGAACUGUUACACCGACAGCAAACCGCCUCCUGAGCCUCUUUUAGUUCUGAGGAAAGCGAGUUCAAAGUUACUGCAGACUAUCAUCUUUCUGUUUCUGGAAAAGACAUCUAGGAAAGAGUUAGUCAAAAUAUCUCUACAUGGCUCAAAAACUUAGAGAGUCUAUUAGGAAUUAUCUUUACAACCUAAUAAAUAUUGAAAUCUGACUUUUUUGUCUGAAUUUGACUUGUAUCACAACAACAUACAAGACAAGAUACAUGAAUGAAGAGACGACAAAGCAACAUUUUACACACCAGAGGCCUUCGGUUUCCUUUAGAUCAGGGAUUCAGCUCCAUGUUCAACUUUAUAACAGGCUGAUGAACAAAAGAGUGCUUCAGUCUGACCUCAUUAAAACGUGGGACCCUAUAUGUCUGGUUUCAUGGUAAUGGCUCAUAUUCACUGUCGUGAGCGUGGUUAGAAGAGCGAGCUUUAUCAUGUUUUCAUUGUAGCCUGAUUCGUAGAAUCUCUGAGGUGGCUGACCUUUAAUUUUUUUUACAGAUUUCAUCUUGUGAAGCUUUUUGGACAUUAAAAUAGUGGACAGACUCAUGAACCGUGUUACAGUCCCGCAGGACGCUCUGAAACCGGUGUUUGUACACCCUGUCCAACUGUGCACACUUACUUCUAAAUGUGUUUUUAAAUGGAAAAAUCUCAUCCUGACAUAUUUUAGCAGUAAAAUGUUUCUGCUAUGGGGCUUUUGUUGCUCUUAGAGAGGCAUCAGUAUUACCGUAAAGUCUGGAAUAGAAGCCACACCAAUAAAUCAGGUGCUGUCUGUUUUUUUGUGGUUUAAACUGUGGUGUUGCAUGAAGACUUUGAGUUGUGUAUUUCUGUGCUGUAAGUUCUUCUUUCUCGUAUUACCCCACCAGCUUCACUCUAAAUUUUACGGUAAUUUUACUGUAAUUUCAGCCUGUUUUAUCAGCUUAAAAAGAGCUCUAAAUAAACCAAAGUACUAUGAGUUUGAGGGACUAUAUCUGCUUAGCCCUUGUAUGUGAUGAAUGAAAUUUGUCAUCAUGUUCAGGGAAAGCAGUCCCAGCCCUGGUGUUUUUCUCCACAGCUAUUUAUCGUAUUGAUUCUCUGUUAGUAACUCAUCAGCUCAGGAUAUUGAUCGCUGACUCCAUGUGGGUAAUAUGCUGCAAGCAAGACUUUGACCCACAGAGAUGACAUUAUUACCGUCUCUGAUAUUUCCUGUCCUCUGCUCAUCACGAUCUCUUCUUCCUGUCUCCAUUUCUCUGUCACAGUGCUCCAGUACGCCGUGUGUCGCGACGUAACGGUUCCCAUAGGAACCCUCUACCGUGUGGCAGGGUUCCCCGUCUCCCUGCCCUGUUCUGUGUCAGGCUAUGAAGGCCCACGUACGCAGGACUUCGAGUGGUACCUGUAUAGGGACGAUGCUGCUGGGAGGCAGAUGGGAGUGGUGUCCACCAGAGACAAGGGCUUCCCCUACGCCCCUUUUAUGCCCCGGGUGAAGAACGGGGAGGUGAGGGUGGAGAGGGACUCUGGGGAUAAAGUGCGGCUGGUGAUCCAGAGGCUGCGGGCGGAGGACCAGGGGAAGUAUGAAUGCUACACACCCAGUACGGACGUCACCUACCAGGGGAACUACAGCGCCACAGUGGCUGUCAAAGGUGAGAUUGUCAAGUUGUCACUGACUGGAGAUUUCAGAGUGGAGAAGUCUACAGAGAUACGAGAUAUUUGUAAUACGAAUAAUAAUAACUUUUUAUUUAUAGCACUUUUAAAAACAGAUGUCUACGAAGUGCUUUGACAAAUAGUCAUACAGCACAGAACGUCAGCACAUGGAAAUAAAAACAGAUAAAAACAAAAGCUCAGUUAAAACAAGGCCUCAGAAUUGAAGGUCAAUUUAAUACGUCACAAGGAACCCUGGCAAUAGAAGAACCAUGCAAUAUAAAAUGAGAUAUAUUCUAGAGAGAGACUGAAGUAACAGGCAAAGCAACCAGACAGAUGUAUAUUUCACAGACUAGGGGAAUCUCUUACAGAAUGAUAAAACCUAACACAAAAAAGACACAGAAUAGAAAUUAAAAGAGCAGCCGAGGGAGAGCAGGCUCCACUGAAAUCUAAAGACCUUUAAAAAAACAGAGCCUUGACUUCCAACUUCACUUCAAGAAUGAGAUUUGGCAGCACAAUGCAAGUUUAGCAAUCUGACUUUAUUCAUAUAAUUGGAAAAUUUGGCUGGUUAUAGUAUCAAGAUGAUGUCUUAAAUGCCAUAUUGUGUAUAAGUCGUGUUUUUCUAAAUGAAUAUGUCUCAAAAGUUUAGAUAAAAAUCUGUCUAUAGCUUGUUUUAGACUAGCAGUAAAAUGUGUGGGAUUGAUGCCUCUGAGGAGUCUUGCUUUUCAUACGAAUGUCACAGAGAUGUGAUGGUGGGGUCAAGUAGAGGCGAUACUGGGGUGAGGCGGGAUCACUGCGUGCCAGAGCGGGGUCAAGUUUGUGUGUGUGCAUGUCUGAGUGUGUGUUUAUAUUAAGCUCCAGCUGCAUGUUUGAGUUUCUGCUCCCACAACGCAUGAUGACAGUGGAGACGGGUCAUCGUAAAGAGCUUUUUGUGAAGUAUCUACACGACUACUGCAGAAUUGGAAAUACUCCCCCGGCCUCGGCACUAACCAGAUAACCAGAUGUUUGAGUUGUGACAUAGAGUGAAAACAAACUGUGGGCUCAUGUUUCCUCACAAAGGUCACGGGUUUUAUCAAGAGCUCUGCACAUGAGCAAGAGGGAUGACAUUUUUCAUUGAGUGAAGAUACUACUGUACAUAAGCCACUGGGUUUCUAAGCUUUUGUUUAUACUCCACAUCUGGAGUUUGACUUUUUCUUUUGUCUUUUUGUUUUAUGUUCUCUUUACAAAAUCCAUCUGCUCAAGCUUUGUUAAUGUUUCGUCAUUCACAGGACGAGUACUUCUGUCUCUUCUUAGAUUGUUUUCAGUGUCGUGUUUGUGAUUGCGGGAUGCUGGGUGUUAGUUUUGCUGCAGAGGAGUUUUAUCUUCAUAAUCCCUCUUUCUUUAGCAAAGCUGGUGCCCAAAGCCAAGGCAUGCCAACGGCUUUCGAUCAAUCACAGCAGCCCCGCUUUUGAGUUUUUUCUAAACAUAGAAAUGUCUAAAGGGCACAGGCACAGGCAAUGUAAAUUAAAUUUGGUGUAUUUUCUCCACCCUUCAGGCUCCUAUAGCGGCUCAGUGUACAGAAAUGUAAUUAUCCGUCUGUGUGUUUUUUGGCAUCCUACAGUGAUCCCUGACACCCUUCAGAUCAGCUUCAGCCGCUCACUCAGCAGCCAGCCUGUACCAGAGGGGGCUGAGUUGAUGCUUACAUGCUCAGCCGGCAUCCAAUCAGAGCAGCUAACCCACCUGUCAAUCACUUUCGGGAAGCGGAGCGGAGGAGAGGGUACGGGGAGCGGUGGCGCAGGAGGAGAGGUGAGCACAGUGAGGGAGAUUAUCACCAUCGACAAGCUGCUGGGGGUCGUCCCCGGGCGCGGGUACAAGAACAGGUACGACGACGGAGAGAUCACACUGGAGAAGAGGAGUGGGGAGGCGGGCCUGGCUCUCUAUGUGAUGAAGAUAAAGGCGGUGCAGCCAGAUGACUCAGGAUCAUAUUUCUGUGAGGCCUCUCAGUGGAUUCGGGACCCUGAUCGAGCGUGGCAGAAGAUCGCACAAAGGACGCUGGAUAUCGGCAACUUGACUGUCAGGCAGCUAGGUUGGUAUGAUGAAGCAGCUGUGCUUCUGUUUACAUUUCACAAAACUGUCUUAUGCCCCUGUUUCACGUAGGACUGGGCGAUUUGGCAAAAAAAAAAAAGAUUACAAUGUUUUGUCAUAUCAUCCCUUCUCGAUAAUUAUCACGAUUUUUUUUAACUGUCAGUUUUAAAGCAUCUGUAUUAAAAACUAAAGAAACCAGAGAUUAGUUCAACAUUUUAUUAACAUACAAAGUAAAUAGCAAAGCAAACUGAAUAAGAUACACUUAGAAAAAUAUAAAAAACAUUUUCACUCAACAGUACAACAAAUGUAGAUAAAUAUUAUAUGAAAUAAUAAAGUGAACUAGCUUACAGUCCUGAGUGUUUUUGCAGGUAUGCAAGACCCAAAAUAAACAAAUCGCCUUGAAGUGUAAACAUUAGAUGAUACGUUAGGGAUGGGAAUUGAUCAGAUUUUAUCAAUAUCGAUGCUAAUAUCGAUUCUGCUUAUCGAUUCAAUCCUUUAAUGAUUCCUUUAUCAAUGCCUUUCUUUGAUUUGAGAAAAGUAGACUCUAAAUUUUCACCCUUGACUCAAAAAUUUAUUGAGUCUCUGAUAACAGAAAAAGAAGUAUGCCACCUUCAGUGAGAGUCUAAAAAUAAUCGAUGUUUUUUUCCUCAAAGUCUCUGUUCUCGUUCACCUAGACUAGCUCUCGCAAGACCGUUUUUCAAGGCACUCGUAAGGAAACAUUAAGGGAAUUGUUAAGCUAAGUUAAACUGCUAAUGCUACUUGUGCCGUCAGCAGUAACAGGCUGUGCAGAACCCACUCGCAUUUUCAUGUUUUCCACAUAAUCACUCGGGAAGAACUUCUUCAAGUUAUUAAACAGAUCUGUUGUCGCCGGUUUUAGAGGACAUGACCACCGACAUACCUUGCGCGUUGGCUUAAUUUCUAGAAGUCACUUUAGAGAUACCAAAACCACCGCCACACAACUGAUGUUGAAUAACUUUACUUCUCAACAAUGGUAUCUCCGGAGGAUGACUUUAAGUUACAGCUGACAUAUAUUUUGCUGCCCUCAGCUCCGCGUUUAGCUCCACAUUCAGUCAUUCUGUUUACUUCCCCUGUUAACUUCUCUGGCAACUUACAGAAGGCUCAACUCUGAUUGGUUGUUGUCACUCACAUUUCUGCCAUGUUUGAUGGAGUAAAUAUGCUCACAUCUGAUCGCCAUGAUCAAACUGAAAUUUAUCACGAUCUUUAAUCAUGAUCAUAUAAUCGCCCAGUCCUAAGCUAUGCUUCUGUUAACAUUUUUACAACACUACAUCUGAACUAACUAAACUUUACAGUUGAUGUCCUCUGCCCCUGUUUCACCGCCCUCCUACAUGGAUACUUCACAACUAAUUUGCUGGUUUGGUGAUCAUUGAUGUAACAGCGUGCAUUCAAAGUGGGAUGAAGUUAGUCAUCACAGCAGGCUAACUGUGAAGGCGUUAAGCGCACAGAAGAAAAAGACACAAAGAUAUAAAGCCGCCUGUUUCAGCUGCAGAGUAUCCUCGAGGCGAUACAAACAAAACGACACAAGUUUGGUUUCUACUCGUGAGUUAAAGGCUCUCAGGUCUCUGGCUGUGGCAACAGUUGGCUUGGACAUUUACUGCUGUUGAGCUCACUGGACUCUUUCCAGGUUUCUGGCUGGGUGUUUGUGUUACUUAAAGCUUAGCUGAAUGUCUAGUUUGCUGGCUGACAGACUGAGCAGUACACUGACUGGACAGAUAGGCAGCUUGUUGCCUUGUUUGUCGGCUUGUUUGGACAGAGUGCGUGUUUGGGGUCCUGAUUAGCUGCUGGGUCGGAGCUGUUGAGCUUUUUCCCACCUUGCUGGUUGGCUGGAUGGAAACAAAUUGUCCUCACUGAUUGAUCUGUUGGUCUGUUAAAUGAUAAAUUUUCAUUCAAAAACAAACAGACCUAAACAAAUGUUGCGUUUUACCGUCAAAUAAAUACAAUCAUGAAGAAUAAUGACAUAACAUCUUGUAAAAAAACUCACCUGACGUUUUAUUUUGCCGAUUCACUAUCUGCUUCAGGUCGACAGCUGUCAGCUCGCUCGCCUGACUGACAGGCGUGAUGCUCGGGCUUUGAUAGACUUGGCGGUUGGCGAGCUGAACAGCUGGAUAACUGCCCUGUUACUUCGCCACUUGACUCCGUUUGAAUUCUGAAGAGCUGGCGGGGAUCUAAAGGAUUAAAAAAACAGCUCCUCUCUCCCACCUUGGCUUGUUGUAGCCCACAAAGAGGAUGACUAUCCCUCUGUCAGACUGAUGUGUCCAUUAGUGUUGGAGCAGCUCCGCUUAAUAGUCCUUCUUUAAACAUGUGCUAACAUCUGUUAUGAUGAAGCUCUCCAGGCACACUCAUACCACAUUCUUGAUUUUUUUCUAUUAAAUAAACGUUAUGCCAGUGUAGCAGCUUGAUCUACUUAAUCUGUUUUACACAUUUUAAAGGAUAAACUAUAAAGUUAUUCUUAAUAGUGAGAAGUUUGAGGAUUUGGAGUCAAAUGUUUUUUCCCUUCAGCGAGAGAAACUGGAGCUGGAGUUGAGGCUUUAAAUCUGUUCAAUGUGUGCAUUGUUAUUUCUGCCACAACGCUGACAAGAACUCUUUAGCUGUGUGUUUUCUGGCCCCUGUUGUCUGACUAAUACAAUGGUCUGACAUGUCUCCCUUUGUUCACAUAAAUAAUGUGUCUAUUAUUGAGCAGAUGUGUGUUGUGGAGAAGUAUUGUGGUUAAAUGAGGCUUCGCUCACACAAUGGACCAGUAUACUUUCUAAUUAUACCAGACUACCAGCGCUAACCGUCUGAAACUUCAUUUCAUAGAUUCAACCUUAUUUCUUCUAUCGUCUUACACAUGUAGGCUGUAGCUGUAUCCCUGGUUACGUCACUUUAAGUCUCUUUUUUAUUUUUUUUAUUCUGCAGGUUCAUAUGUUUUCUAGUUGGCAGUCACAUAGAUCCAAAGAUCCCUGUCACGGGCUUAAGAGCUUGUUCGAAUCCUUCACUGUGGAAGAUUUCUGAUGCUUUCACUCCUCCUAAUCCCUCUCUCUCUCUCUCUCUUUCUACACCUCUUCUGCUCUCCAGCCGAGUCACUGAGUGUAACAUCCUCACCCCGAGGGGAAGUGACCCUGCAGAUCGGUUCUCCUCUCAUCCUGACUUGUGAGGUGUUGGGGAUGCCGUCUGAUGUUAACUCAGGAGUUCUCGUUCAGUGGAUGAAGAGGGGGAGCAGCGAUGUAGCGGGAGUCGGAGGAGUCGAGGUACUGAUUCAUGUUUUCAAGACAUGCUUUGAUUAGAAAUAUGUCGGAGUUAUUGCCAAAUAUACACAGCUGCACAGAGCGCUUUUCAUGAAAGAGAUGCUGCUGUGUCUGUUUGUGUUAAAGCACAGUAAUAAGCAAAUGCAUUACAAAUGUCUUCUUCUUGACACUGUGCUCUAACAGGAUUGGCCUGAUGGGGAUUUAGAGUCACCUGCUUUAAAUCAUGACUCAAUCAGUACGUUUACAUGACACUUGAGAAAAACGCAUUAUUGCCUCACUCUGGUUAAGACCGGACAACUGAAGUGCAUGUAAACACCUUAGUCCGACUAUAAUCUGAGUUUGAGAACUUCGAUUGGAGUCGGAGAACUCGGAUUAAGACACCCAGAUGAUGCAACUGGAAUUUGAUUUUCUCCACUAUGUAACCGGCGUGGUCGGAGUAUGAUUGGACAAUGUGUGUGUGCGUCCGCCACGCCCCCUUAACCCAGAAACAAAAACACCAGAGAAGGAGAGCAGCGUGCAUCUUCAUAGACAUUAUACACGUAGAUGCCUCAUUACAUCAUGGAGUGUAAUACAGCGUCACCGCCACAUUGGAUGUGUUUUUCCACUCCAGACUCGCCCAAGAGCCAAACAGGGUCCAAGUGGAGAACAAGCAACUAUGUCCGUAUUUUUGCACUCUAUGGUUGAAAAAAAUGACGCAGUAUUGAAACCAGAUCACGUAGGAUUACAUUUCACAAAUAAGAUUGAAAAUAAUUUUGGUCAUUUUUGAUGUGUGACCUUGUCCUGUAUUAUGGCUGCAUCCCUGCCAUAUGUAGCAAACCAAACAGUGUGAAAAUCGGGCAGAGGUACAGAGAGUUAUUAUUAACAUGGUUGGGCAUUCCUACCUACCCUAAAGCACUGGAGGUGCAUGGGGGACCCAUCCAAGACGGUGGCCACGCUGAUAAAUGAGCUCCAAUAGGCAACAUUGGGCUUUGAGGCAUCUACGUAUAUUACAUCUAUGUGCAUCUCAUCUGCAGAAAAAGUAGUGCAUACAUCAUGUACGACAAAAACAACGCUGUAUGAUGCUCCAUCUUGCUCGAAAAUGCCCAGCAGCAGUUGUAGACACUCCUGACGUCUGUCACUGUUGUUGUCGGGUCAGCCAGAAACAGCGCCGCUGAAAAGACCCAUAUUACCCCCUAGUUUUGGGGAGGAGGACAUGUUCACAUCAAUAAUUCUAGUCUGAUUCUGCAGAAAAAAAGGAAUUAUGAGCUUUAUCCACUUCAGAUGUGCAUGUAAAUGCAUUGAAUGAUAAAUGGCUUGAACAUUGAUUUAACUUCAAACAAAGAUAGGGAAUCUAUUACAGACACCAUAAUAGCCUAUUUGAUCUCUGACAAAAUCACAUUAUUGUUUUAUGUCCAUUCAUAAUGAGACACUUUAAGACCUAGAAGUAAAUUUUGACAAAUAACUCUUUAAACUUGGGUGGGAAAAAGGAUUUUAUGGUUGUCAUAAAUAAGUGAUAAAAUUAACAGUCUCAGAAUAAAUAACAUGUCAGCCCAGCACAAACUGAUACCUCUUAUUUUGUGUUUAGGUGGAGGUGGCCCGGAUGAGCCCGGAUGGCGUAGUGAGCUGGGGGGACGACCUCAGCCGAUCUAGUGGCGGCUCUAUGGAGAAAGUGUCAGAGGGAAAGUACUCUCUGAAGCUGUUCUCCGCCCGCCCUCUAGACUCAGGGGUGUAUCGGUGUGUGGUGAGUGUAUACGCUGGAAGAAGAAACCCCGGUCCCUCUACUCCUGCAACACACACCCAGAGGUCUGAGGGAGUCACAGUCAACCUCAAGACUAAAGGUGAGAGCUGCUGCUGCUCACUGAUACUGUCUUCAUUUAUACCUGUGAUUUUAAACUGGUGUAGAUCAGAACUUUACAAGUGCUGGAGGGUGUAGAAAGACCAUGAAGUAAAUGAACUAAUUAAAAGCAGUCAGACUGGUACAAUGAUUAAAUCCCCCGCUCCAUGUACAGAGGCAACAGUUCUCUGAUUACAGCCCACAACCUCUUUCCCACUCUCUCUCUCUCCUGCUCUAUCCCUCCUUAUUAUUUCUGAAUAAGAGCCUGAAAGUAAAACUAAGAAUAAGCAGCAGAGUAUGUUUGACCAAUCAUUAGGCAGCAUAUGAGGCUUAACCAUUAUUGGCUUAAAUUUAGGGGUAAGGGCGGGGGGGAAACACCAUCUGUUCAAACAGAUAAUAGAUAAACAUUUGACAUGAAUACUGAAAAUGGAUGAGCGAUCGGAAUAAUUACAGAUAAAUCAAAAAUGCUCCGGAUAAUUAACUAUGAUUGAUGGCUAAAUUUUAGAAAAUUUGGCAAAGAGUUUUAAGUUAAUGAUGAAAAGAGUUAGUGAAGAUAAAAGAUAAAUAUUUGAGAAUAGUGAGAUAUUGUUGGAUAUAAAAGCUGAGAUAUUGUUGGAUUUGUAAAACAAAGAUGAAUACAUUGAAAAAGUUAACCGGGGUAACAGAUAAAUGUUUGGACUGGUUGGCUCUAGAGAUGGGAGAAAAAAAUUCAUACUGCAAAGUAUUGCGAUAUUUUGUCUGGUGAUAUAUCGAAUCGUCUCAUCCACCAAGUAUCUAUUUUUCAAAUUAGUUUCUUAUAUGAACUCAAUUUUACAAUAAUGGAAAAAUGAAAUCAACUGUUUGUCAAGUGAGGUUGGCAGAGGUGUCAUCAUAAAGUAGGAAAAAGCUAGUACAACAAAUAAAGCAGCACUUGUGUAAAGCCAUUAGAAAUGAAAGCAGGGCGCAAAUGAGAUGGACCUGACGCAUACGGUUUGCAAAAAGUGCUACAUGAAAAUAAAAUACUGCGUUAAGAAGACAAACAUAAAGGAAAGACAAAAAAACUAGCUAAAAAGUUGAAAAAGUUGUAUAAAUCCCAGUAUAUGGUACUCACUGUAAUACAAAAUGUUUAAAAUUGUGAUAACAUCCAAUCGUGACCCAAGCAUCGCGAUAAUAUUGAAUCGUGGCCCAAGUAUCGCGAUAAUAUUGAAUCGCGGCCCAAGUAUCACGAUAAUAUCGAAUAGUGGCCUGAGAAUCACAAUAAUAUCGAAUAGUGGCCAAAGUAUUGUGAUAGUAUUGAAUCGUGGCCUAAGUAUCGUGAUAAUAUCAUAUCGUUGCCCAAGUAUCGCGAUAAUAUCGAAUUGUGGGGCCACUAGUGAUUCCCACCUCUAGUUGGCUCUGUGUGAUGUUGUUUUAACAGUCAUCAGAGAGUAAUGGAUAAAAGUUUGAAGGUAAGCUAAAAUAAAUGAGGAGUUAUGUAUUUAUGUCUGAGCUCAGGUCUGCUCAAAGUGAAAUGUUUCAGACUUUUACCUCAAAGUAUCAGACAAACAGCUGAAUUAGCUAAACAUUACUACACUUUUAGUCUUGAAGCUCAAAUCAAACUCCAUGUGUAUUUUCUGUGUAAAGGAGCCUGAAGGAUAAAAAAGUGAGUCUAAAAUGCAGCGAUCAGCAUUGGACUACAGCUGACGAAAUCUUUGGUUUGGUUCAUUACACAUUCACCCACGAGUAAACUCGUUUUACCUGAUAACCUCUUUUAGGAUUAAAGAAAUCUGAAAAUCAGUUUUGCUUUUAAACUGCCGGUCACAUAUGUUCGUUACACUGUCCAUCGACUCAUCUCUGAAUGCCUCACUUCCUUCCACAGAUGUGUUGGUUUCAGCUGUGGCUCAGCUCCCCCGAGGUCCCCUGUUGAAAAGGGGCAGCACCAUCACGCUGAUCUGUAACGCCACUGUGACAACUACAGGUCCUGCCCAGGCUCAGGUGCAGUGGCUGCGAUGGCCGAUCCCUGCACCUUUUGUUAAGAAGAGUCCCGCUCCUGACGUCACUCUGCCAGUCCCUCCUGUAAAAGAGGAACCCAAACUGGUGGCUACCCUGAUGUACGACGGCGUAUCGAAGAUUUACGCUAACACCAGUGAAGUUAGCAUCGACCGCCUGUCUGCUGUCAGCUACAGACUGAGGGUCCACACGGCAACAAUGGAGGAUCAGGGCAUGUAUGCGUGUCAUGCAGAGGCAUGGGGGCAGGACCCGCAUGGAGGCUGGUACAACACAGGGGUCAGAGCGGAGUCAAAUGCAGUGACUGUCUACCUGUAUGCCAGAGGUAAGCUGUUUUUUGAUAACCAUGGCAGUAGUAGAUGAAUAAUCUCCUUCCCCGUCUGUUUAAUCUCAGUAACAUCUUGAAUUCUGAUCAAGUUUUUUUUCUGAUUGGCUACUGACUCAGGAACUGCUGCUUUUUCACAUCCCCAUCUGGAUUUAUCGCUGUAGUCGGAGAUCGAACAGGUCAAAUCAAACGCAGCCUCGGUCACGAGCUUAAGGGUGUCCUAUAGAAAUGCCAAGUGUAAAUUUUAAAGCUUUUAGAGUAAAGUGCACACAUCUAACGGAGAUUGAUUAACCUUGUUGCUUCCUUCGAGCUUAUUGCAGGUCAAGGUUCCUCCUUAUUUACAUCUUCUGUGUAGGAAGGCAUUUUCAGGGCUGACGUUGUCUGGAUGUCUCUCUGUAAGACUCCAAAAGCUUUGUCACUAUCUUUAUGUGAUCUGUUUAUGAAAUUAGAAUAAUUCCCCAGAGGCCUGUGUGACUUUUUUGAUAGUAUUUGUUAUUCUUUCGAUUAUUCCAUGCAUAACUCUUGCUGCUUCUGUAUUCAUAGAUAGUUAGGAAGAGCAUUUUUUGAGUUGAUCUUUCUUGGAUUUGUACUUUUAUCAUUUCUUUGUACAAAAUGUUGUUAUAAAAUUGGCCCCAGCAUAGUGCACAUGAUAGUUUUGACAUUAUUUGUGCUUCAGAUCGAUGGCCUCUUUCUGCUCUACAUGGAUGUGGAUCCUGUGCUGAGAGUAGAUUGACUAGCAGCUCCACAUAAAUGAAUCAACAUCUGCUUUUAGUUCAUAUAGAGGGUCGGCCUGUUAACAUGCUGUUGAUCAAUAUGUCCUCCCUAAAUGUCUAAAAUCCAUAUUUGUCCCCAAAUGUUGCUCUGGAUUCCCCGUGUUUCACUGGGUCGUAACAUUAUCGAAAUUCAGACCAUUUUCUUUGGGAUUAUAUUUCAUCCCAUCUUCCUAUUCUUUUGCCAGUUUGCAUCAUUGCAUCCUUCUCUCUCUCUCCCUCCCCAGCUGCUGACCUCCUCCUCAUCCCCCUGGUCGUCGGCGUGGCCUCCGCCCUGUUCGUGGGCAUCUUCAUCAUCGCUACGGUAACUUGCUGCUUCAUGAAGCGCCUGGCAAGGCAGCGCGCUCAAAAAUAAGCUCCUGCUGCUGCAGCGUCUGGCUUUGUGAAACCUGAAUGUUCGUACGGAGGCACAGAGAGGUGACCGACAGAACUUAAGGGGUGAAAUGAUCGAGUCAGAACCGGCUCAAACUGGUACAAAAUUGUCUGUGUUUGGACCCAUGAAUAUAACAAUCAAUGCCAAAAGAUCCUGUUUUAUAUUUCUGUAUUUUUGUAUUCAAACCUUCUCAGAAAACAACAUAUUUUGGUGAUAGCUCGAAUAUCUCAAACAAGUAGACAUACGAAUUAGAUUUUUUAAAUCUACCGCUCAGUGUCCCUAUUGAUCCUUGCCUCAAAGACCUUUUUAACAAUCCUUUUUUUCAGUGUAUUAUUCUUUUUAAACAGUAAAAAGGGUCAAAAUCUGCAGGCAAGACUGUUACAAGGUCAAAAACAUCCAUUUAGAUACGAUACGUUUUCUACUGGGAGGCCAGGCUAAAUCUCAGAAGUCAUUAUUUGAUUGCUAAAGUGUAAAGACGCCGGUUUGUUCUGAUGUUUUAAAAUGGUGCUGGAUCCCUACAGUGAUAAUUGUUCGAUUCUCACACAAACAGAAAAUAUUCAGUUUUUCUAAAUGUGAUGUUUCUCUGUUCCUGUUUCCACAAACAGCAUGCUCUCCUUUUAUUACAAACAGCGACAAAGCCUGAACAUCUCUGCAUGCUUAAGCCUCCAGCACUGCCACUGACAGUCACAUGAAUGCUGAUGGGAGCACUUAAGCCUCCAGAAACUUAAUACGAGCAGGGAUCUUCCACUGCCUGCAAUCAGGCCGCACUCAGCAUGUAAACAAAGUCUCUGUCUGUUACUUAAUAAGGAAGGAUCAGGCCGAGGACUCUCUGAUGCCAAGACUAAUUGAGAAGUGAUUCGUAACACAAGCGUUCCCUGCCUGUGAUGCUUUACUGCUAAAGUGGGUUUUCUGUGUGGACGUGUAUAGAUAUAACAAACAGAAAUGGAGGAGAAAUCCAUGAUGCACUGAGCUAAAAUGUGUAAAUAUUGUACGAAUUGUAGCUGUUUUAUUUUUCUUAAUGUAAGUAAAGACUGUAGCCAUGUUAGUUUUUGUGCAAAGCACCUUGAAGCACUUGGACAUGAACAGGACUGGGACCAAAGCCCCUCCGUUUCUUUCUUUUACUUGAUUUUUCCAGCUGAAAAAGUCACUCCUUUGCUGUGCUUGAGGAAGAACAUUUGAGUGUUUCUUUCGUGCGAUGGUUCCCUUUUUGCCCGUCAGGUGACUGAGAUGUAAAAAGAACCCUUUCUUACACUGAGUCACAGAAAAUCUGUUGUGUUGUGUCACACCGUUGAGGAUCUCGGAGGUCAAAAUCUCCAGAGCUGCGCAGUCAUAUGACUCGAUGAAGUCUCAAAUACCCUCAUCAUCAUAGUUAUCAUGUGGUCCGGGCCGCAUAUUUCUACUGCCAAGACUUAUGAGUUAAACCCGCAGCUAGAAAUCUGUUGGACAGAUUUAGCGUGUCUUAUAAUGAGUGAAAUCCAUCCUCAUCUUCCUGUUUGACUUGGGAACAUUGUGGUCAAAUGAGUGCGAUCAUUAAAAGUUAGAUAUAUGUCAGUGGAAAAGAGAUGAAAAGUCAAGUUUGUUGUUAUCCAGCUGGCAGCUCCAGUGAGAUUAUUCCAGGUCAAUUUGCUCCUGUCUCUUUAAAUCUCUUUUUUGCUCAGACCUACCUGCGGUUCUCAGCUUUGCUCAUAAUUUUCUAUGUGAUAGUGAGUUUUUUUUUUUGACACGAGAGUCCCUCUAAAAUCUGCCCGUCCUCCCUAACCUGUGUGCUCUCUGUAAACCCUGAUUAUAAAUGUUGUUCACGAACAUUAGGGAAUAAAAAAUCACAGCUCUGCCCGCUUUCUGAGCCACUUUGCUCCGGAUCAACUCCUCAAAGCUGAUUUUGCUCACUCGCCCACCCACCUCAUGAUUACACAUUUACACACAAACACUGGGGACGGAUGCACGUGCACACACAGAGGCACAGCGCUCUGCUGGCUGGUGUUUCAGAUACAAGUAUGUGAGUAUCUGCGUGUUCAUCUGUAAUCCCUGUUUAUGGCUGCAGUGUGUGUCCCGCCGCCCCUCCCCCUCCCUUUCAUUCUCUGCAGACGGCGACGCUUGUAUCUGAUUCAUUUCAAUCUCUGUUCCCUGAGAAUUACAGGCAGCUGUGAAAAAGUGUAGCACGUCGCGUGCAGAGUGUGAAAGCUGCUGUCUGAGUCGUGCUUUUCUUUGAAGAUGUUUUAAACCCUUUCUUGAAGGUGUCAUGUUUUGUUCGUAUUGUUUACUCAUGCUUUGAAACCACUGUCCCUGAAUGCAUCUGGCUGCCACUGAAAUAUAUAAAGGCGGAUUAUCGCUCACUUUGUCUCUUAUGGUGCUUUGGCAAACCUGCCAGUUGAUAAACCAAUAAAACCACUCUGGAUUUAUAGUGUCACUAUGUCUGGG